AUGGUGGCGACUUGGUCUUUCGUCUCCAAUCUUCAUCUUUCACCUCUUGAACAAUGGACUAUCAGCAGCAUCUUGCUAUUCCGACCAGAAGACAGCCGCCUCAAAUCUCAUAAAACAGUCCGAGAAAUCCAAACCCAGGCAGCCGGACUCCUUGCUGGUUGCUUCAGUGCCCGAGUGGCCGUUCACGGUGCUGCUCAGUCGGCUGCUCUAUUGCUGGUCGCGUCCACCGUCAGCCAGUUGCUUCCUGAAGAUGUUCGAAGGCAUUUCUUCACUGAAAAGUCACUUGCUGAUCUGGAACACAUCUGCGCAACAGCAGUGACAUGA